GAUGGAGCAGGAGCAGCCUGCUGCAUCCAGACGUCCAGUCCAGUGUGCUGCACUAGUCCUGAGAGCCAACAGCUCAGAGAAGUAGUCCAGCCACUCCAGAAGCAUCCAGCCUGUUUGUUUAUCCUGUCACCAAAGACCGUGUUAAAUACUCUGAGUCCACUCAGAUCACAGCAGCUUGUUACACCUGAGACUCGGAGCCGAGAUGAUGUCGAGGAUGCAGAGGCAGUCGCACGUCUUCCUGGUCCUUCUCCUCGUAGUCUUCAUUGCCGGGAUAGUUCUGUCUGGUCCCCCCACUCCACGUAGAAGAAGCAGAGUGAGGCGUCAGAACAUGAAAGUCCGCAUCAACGCCACCGGAGACACCAUCGUGAUGAAGUUUUUGCGUCCCAACGCUGACACCAAGCUUGAAGGCUACAUCCUGGGCUACGGCAGCAGCAUGUUCUCCAAACAGUUCAUUCAGCUCCCGGAGAAUGGGCAGCCAUACGAGACCGAGUUUGAUGCCGAGCCCAAGUACCUCAUAGCUGUCCAACCUAUCCCAAUCAACGAGGUGAAAAAGCAGUGCACAGGUAAAGUGCAACUGGAGAAGCCACUCCAUUUGGUCAUUGGGUCGGUGACGCCCACCUCGGUUCUGCUAUCGUGGGGGACUCUGCUGAAAACCCCUUAUGAAGGCAAUAUCAUGAAUGACUGUCUAGAGGAUGGACAUUACACGGUGCGUUACCGUGAGAAGAACAGGAAGUGGAACUACCAGACCUGCCCAACAAGUGAUACAGUCAUUGACAAUUUGAAGCCAAACACAGUCUAUGAAUUUGGUGUCCAGCCCAAUUCUAAGGAUCGCCCUGGAGUGUGGAGCAAGCCCGUCAUUCACAACGUCAGCAUGCCAGGUACAGAAGAGAGGCCCAUCAGGAAAAACUUUAAACAUCCCAUCAACCCUGUGAAACCCUCAACAUCAGAUACUCACCCAUUCCUCUUUCCAUCUCACCAUGUUCCCGCUAACAGGACCCGGGGCAGACAGCCUCCCCCAAGGAAUAUAGCCCCAAAGACAACUCUUGCUCCAACCACAACUACUAGACAGGAAUCUCUGUCAACCCCCGGACCUACACUUCCUUUGGUCGCCAAACAGCCAAUCGGAAGAGGAGGCCUCUCCAGAUCUGUCUUCCCUCCUUCCCUGGAGGUCCCAUUAGCUACAAAGCUCCAUCAUUCACAACACACAACAUCAACCAUGACAUCUGUGCCACCACAACGAAAAACCCAGUCCCUGCCUCAUACACAACCGUAUUAUCAACCGUCACUGCCAACGUCCAAACCCCAGCAGCCUCAACCACUAAUACUCCAUGCCCAAAAUGAACCGCAACCUCAGUCAACAUCCCAGCCCAUACCCCAGACCCAACCACAACUCCACACAACUUCCCGAACAGAAGUUCAACCCCGAACACGACCCCAAAAAACCACCCAGCCAGAACAUCACACCGAACCUCAGCCACAAGUCAUAGCGAUAUCCCAGUCCAAACACCAUACCCAGCCUCCAACACAGUUAAAAACCCAGACCCAACCUCCACCCCUAGUUCAACCAACUUCAACCAAGACCACGCCUGUGACCCUUUCCCCAACCACACCACAAAUACACAAACAAACAAAGUCACCACAACCUCAGUUAAGCACCAAGCAGUUGUCUAGGACCAAACCAACAACUGGGAUAAUCUUUGCCCAACCCAAGCCCACAACACAACCCCAACACAAGAAUGAGCCCAAGCCCACAACACAAUCUCAACACAAGAAUGAGCCCGACCCAACAGCACAACCUCUACACAAGAAUCAACCCAAGUCCACAACACGUCCUCAACACAAGAAUCAACCCAAGCCCACAACACAACCUCAACCCAAGCGCACAACACAACCUCAACACGAGAAUCAACCCAAGCCCCCAACACAACCUCAACGCAAGAAUCAACCCAAGCCCACAACACAACCUCAACUCAAGAAUCAACCCAAGCCCACAAUACAACCUCAACACAAGAAUCAACGCAAGCCUGCAACACAACAUCAACACGAGAAUCAACCCAAGCCCCCAACACAACCUCAACACGAGAAUCAACCCAAACCCGCAACACAACCUCAACACGAGAAUCAACCCAAGCCCUUAGUGCCACCUCAACCAAAAAAGCAGCGAAAGCCUCAACCAAAAAAACAGACACAAUCACAAACUCAAAUAAAUAAACCAUCAAAACCUCAACAACGUCUCCCAAACAUUCAGCCACAGCCCCAAUCACCACCUCCAAGAAAGACCCAGAUCCAACAUGUACCCAUUUCCCAGCCAAAACCCGGGCCUCAGUUUCAGCCUCAGACCAGGACCGACUCUGAUCCCACCAAGGUUUCGCCAAGGCGGGCAGACCCUACGGCUCCUAGUCCACCAGAAGAGGGCAAGCCUCUACCAAGACCUGCCCUGGCUACUGAGGAGGCUGGUAGUUAUAAUCAUGGUACUGGCGUCAACAGGCACUCAGUUGCUGAAGUCCCACGUUUUCCCAUUAGCUCAUCUGUUCCUACUGCAGGAAGAAACACCACGCUGCAUCGCAUCCGGGUUGCUCCUCAUCCCACUAAUCAUGGUGUCAGAUUCUCUCCAUCCAACACAGUCACCUCCUCUCACAGCUCCAACACACCUGGCGCCAGUGGGGCGCAUCAUAGGGGCAUUGCUCUCCCUAAACCUGUGGUGUGGUCCAGAGGGAAACCUGUUCUGCGUCCCGCUGUUCCUGGUAACAAGCGACCCAACCAAGUGGGGAAACCUAACAAUGAUAAACCCAUGACCAUGAAAGGAGACAAGGAGUUCAUCCUGAAGCCGUUCCCUCUGGUCACAGUGAAACCCAAACUGGAACGCAGACCGCAGACGACCACCUUGCCCCCGGCAGUAAACAUCACUCGUUUUGACAAGGAUGAAAACUACUCCAUAUUCAGGCCCUUGCCUGCAUCAGAGGUAGACAUCAUGGGCAAGAAGCGUUUUGUAGCUCCCCACGUGAUCUACAAGACGGACAAAAAGCCCGAUGAGCCGUGCUCCAUCACCUCCUCCCUCGCUUACUUCCCCGAUGAGGAGGGCAGCGAUCAGAGUGUGACGGCUCCUCCCCGCGUGCCGCCGUCCAACCUCACCGUGGUCACCGUGGAGGGCUGCCCAUCCUUCGUCAUUCUGGACUGGCAAAACGCUGACAAUGAAACCAGAGAGUAUGAAGUUGUGUCCACCACUAAAGGACCAAACGGACGGGAGGUGUCUAUACUGACAACCAACCAGACGCACACAGCCGUGGAGAAUCUCAAACCAGAGAGCAGUUAUGAAUUCACCGUAACACCAAAGAAUGAGCUGGGGACCGGACCCACCAGCGAUCCGGUGUCUUUUAGCACAGAAUCAGCGGAUCCGCGAGUGAGCGAGCACGUUUCAGGCAAAGACGCCAUCUGGACUCAGUUCCCGUUCAAGUCUGACGGUUACUCUGAAUGCAAUGGAAAGCAGUACGUGAAGAGGACUUGGUACCGGAAGUUUGUGGGGAUCCAGCUGUGCAACUCCUUGAGAUACAAGAUCUACCUGAGUGACUCACUCAAUGGCAAGUUUUACAACAUUGGAGAUCAGACGGGGUACGGAGAGGACCACUGUCAGUUCGUGGACUCCUUCCUGGACGGACGCACUGGCACCCAGAUGCUUGCUGACCAGCUACCGGCCAGGCGAGGGUUCUACAGAGCGAUGCGGCAGGAGCCUGUCAGCUUCGGAGAGAUUGGAGGGAAGUCGCAUGUGACUUACGUAGGCUGGUAUGAGUGCGGCACGCCCAUACCUGGGAAGUGGUAAGACCCCACAGGGUUAGUCCAGGAGGAUGACUCACUUGGUUGGUGAGAAAGAAGACGCCUGAGUAGGCCUGAAGGAAGGUGGGCCUUUCUUUUAUGUUACCACGGACACUGUAGAUGGCUCUGUCUGCUUGAACUCACCCUACGCUCCUAGGGGUGAAGCCUUACCAGGUUUAUUAGGUGUCACAAAACCCUCUUGAGUGCAUUUGUAACAACUUAAUUUCUCUAUUUAUCAAAAAAAAUAAAUAAAUAAAUGUCACAACAGAUGAAAGAAGGCAGGAGUUGAAUAUACGGUAAUCACAGAGAAAAUUGUUGGGAAGCUGGCUCCCAAACUGUAAUAACUUGUAUGAUAAUAUUUAUCAAGGGAUCGUUAUUGAAUAUUCUGUGUGCUCGGGCUUUUGAGGUGAGAGUACAGAAAUGUUCCCAAUACUUGCAUGUCAGAGAGCACACACAUUGGUCAUGUGUAUACAGAAAGCUACCAGUCAUACAUGUGGACUGUAAAAUACAAACACACACAGACAUGCAGAAUUGACCUUCUGCUGGCCCUAAGGGAUUAUUAGCAGUUGCAAUUUGCACAGUAUUAAACUUGUGUUCAUAUAUGUAUAUGGUGUGAAAUAUGGUGUGUUUACCAGGGAUCAUAUACUGUAGUUUGAUACUUUUCAGGUAAAAGAUAAAAUCGCUUCAGCCAAAUUGUUGUAACAAUCCAAAGUUUGAGGCCAGCAUUUCUAUGGGGCCACUUGGGAACCAAAGAUUUUUUUUUUAUUUUUAUUUUAAUUUUUUUUUGUAUUUUUAAUGUCUUGUAUUUUAUAAAAGAAUAAAUAAAUAAACUUGAGCUUCAAUAUGGAAACUAUAUACACUCAGAAUAUAUACUUUAUGUUUUUUGAGAAGUGUAUUUGAAAGCUUUUAAUCAUUCUCACUCAUGACUGCAGCUGUUUGAUGCAACAUGUAUAUUUUCAGAAAUAAAUCUUGUUUUUAUAUUUACUA